GAGCAUGUACGCAACUCUACAGUGGAGCAGAAGGAUCAUGGUAACCACUUUAGUACAGGGGCGAGUGAGUGGGUAGGGUUUCAGCCGUUCAGCGAGCGCUCUCUGGUGAUCUCGCAGAGAUAGUAGUCUAGAGCCUGUCGUCUGGGACACUGCAGGACCGCUUUGAAGAUCUCAUCAAAUGGCAAAGCUGAACCACACUGAAUAGAGCUCCCUUUCAAAUAAGACAUGACUGAUUGAUGUAUCCAAAUCUACAGAAUGCCUCACAUGACUUUGACUUAGACACUCAUCUGAAGGUAGUAAGGUGGUUGGAGAAGAAGACAGUUGCAAUUUGCCCAAGGCAACCCCCCGUCAAAAGUUAGGUCGUAAGGAUUUCUAUACCUUACAAUUCGCUUUUCAUCGUUCUCCCGAUGAAUAUUGGAAUUUCGUGGUGGAUAAAAAUCGAAUAAACAUUUACAACAAAAAUGGAAGAAGAUCAAAAGUGGGGAGUUGCUGGUAAAAGUGUGGGGAGGACUUGCUGUGACCAUCCUUGCAAAAAGCGCUUUUGGAGGAAUUGGAAAGAUUUGUCCGGUAUAACUGUCUGCAUCGCAUUAUCUGUAUUGUCUCUUGGAUUUUGUGUUCUCGUUUACCUGAGGACCUCGGAGCUGCAGUCCAGGAUACUAAACCUGGAAAAACAGAGAGAUACGCAGCUCCCCGCCUGGAUCUCACUCGAGCAGGUGGAACCCAUUAUCUUUGGACGAAUAGAUCAGAUUCUGGAAGAGAAAUUGGCGGCUCGACUUCCCAAAACACGAGAGGCCAGAGAAGCGCCCCAUAGCUGUGUCUGUCCACCAGGACCUCCUGGUCCACCCGGACGAUCAGGCUUUCCGGGUGACAAAGGAACAAUGGGAAUUCCUGGAAGAAUGGGGUUAAAAGGAUACGCAGGGGAGAAGGGAGCACCAGGGGAGCCAGGCCUGUCUAUCAUUGGGCCACGAGGACCUCCUGGACAGCCAGGAACAAGAGGCUUCCCAGGCUUCCCGGGUCCGAUUGGGUUGGACGGCAAGCCCGGACAGAACGGCUUGAAAGGUGACUUGGGUCAACGUGGUCCUAAAGGAGUUGCAGGUGAACCUGGUCCGAAAGGGGAAAAGGGCGUAUGUGGAGACUACACUCACAGGCAGAUGUUGCCCAUCACCGUGCGCAACAUGCCCCAAAUAAGCCCUCUAAUCCUAAAGCGCCUCAAGCAGGGCGAGCCUGGAGCUCAGGGCCCACCAGGACCUCCCGGCCCCCCAGGGCCCUCAGGGACCUCUGGACUGAAUGGUGCUAGUGGACCACCGGGUAAACCUGGUGAACCAGGAAAACCUGGAAAAGAUCCAAGGCUCCUACCAGGGAUGAAGGGUGAGCCAGGCAUGGCAGGAAUAAAGGGUGAUGUUGGCCCCGCUGGUCCUGAAGGCCCCAAGGGACUGAAGGGAGACCUUGGACUGAAGGGAGAUGAGGGGAAGACAGGUCUCAUAGGGGAGAGGGGAGAAAAGGGAGAGCCAGGUUUUCCAGGCACUCCUGGAAGAAAGGGUCAAGCUGGUACCCCUGGUACACCUGGUAUUCCUGGAAAGAGGGGCUACAGGGGUGACAAGGGUGAACCCAGCGCAGCAGGAACUGGCAUCAAAGGAGAACCGGGGACACCAGGACUCCCAGGCCUAUCAGGAUUCAAGGGUGACAAAGGCGACCAAGGUCUCAAGGGGGAAGCAGGAUCUGAUGGCCCAGCUGGACCAAGAGGUCCUCCAGGUGCAGCAGGGGAGCCAGGAAAAUCAGAAAUCAUCAACAAUGAAAAUGAUAUUCGGAAUGUACCUUUGAUGGGCCCACCUGGACUACCUGGCCCUCCAGGGGUCCCUGGAACACCAGGAACAAAGGGUGAAGUUGGCCUUCCAGGCCCUUCAGGUCUUGACGGAGAGAAGGGUCCUCGGGGGAAGCCUGGAGAGCCAGGUCCUGUUGGCCCAGCAGGCCCUGAAGGUCCCAGAGGGGAGGGAGGCCUGAUGGGUUUCUCAGGACCCAAAGGAGACAAGGGGGACAUGGGUCCCUCUGGAUCACCUGGUUUAGACGGCCCUACUGGUGAAAAGGGGGUUUCUGGGCCCCCUGGCCCCAUUGGAUUACCAGGCACAAUGGGUCAGAAGGGCGAGUCCGGAAAUAAGGGAGGAAGGUCAGACAUGGUCUAUGGUCCCCCAGGGCCUCCAGGGCCCCAAGGACCAGUUGGCCCCGCAGGACCCGAAGGACUGGGAGGGCCAAAGGGGGAGCCAGGCAUAGGCAUACAGGGAGAGAAGGGAGCAUCUGGUUCGAAGGGCGAUAAAGGGGACAGGGGCCAUCUUGGACUUCCUGGGGCUCAUGGUUUAGACGGCAGGCCUGGUCGAGUGGGUCUGAUAGGACCAGUUGGUGUGGCAGGGCCAGCAGGACCAAAGGGAGAUAGAGGUUUCAAGGGAGAUUCAGGUGUCCCAGGACCAAUUGGGCCUCAAGGCAUCCCUGGUUUAGUAGGACCACAAGGAUUCAAAGGGAACCGGGGAGAGAGGGGCAAGAAAGGCAACAGGGGAACCAAAGGGGAUAAGGGGGACCAAGGAGCACCCGGAUUAGAUGCCCCCUGUCCGUUGGGGGAUGACGGCCUACCAGUAUCAGGGUGUUGGAAUAAAGGUCAAAAUCCUUUCCAACUGGCCAAGUAGUAGAGGUUCAAGAGAUCUGCUCAGCGACGUUUCGCUCCAAGCUACAGAAUGGAAACAUGAAGACAUUUGGCGAUAUCUUUGAGUUUUGACCUGACCUGUGGUUGCCAUUUUACUCAAAGAUUUUCCAGCCGGCUGAAGACAGAGCCAGUCAUGUUGGGGGGCUCCAGUGGCAGCAAUGAGCAGACUGACUUCAAUAAGACUCAGAAACAAAAGGAUUUCAGUUUCCUUUGCAGUUUUUUGUUGAAGGCUUAUCAGGGUGGAAAAGCCAUCAAAGCCACAGAUGCAUUUCUUUGAGAUUAAUAUGCUUGAUUUUCAUCUAUCUUUAUUCACUAUGUGAAAGCAAGACAUGAACCUUUUAUAGUGUACCAUUUCCUGUGUUUUAUUUGACACCAACAACUGUGAUUCAAGAAUUCAGAGCAGCUCACAGAACAGACAGAUGUAAUCUCUCCCUGUUCAUGUGUUUCCAAGACAAACCAAAAAAACAAAGGGAAACGCUUUUGAUGAUUCCUGAUAUCAAACUCACUGCCUUCUCUAAUAUCCUGGGUGCUGCAGACACAUAACAUACUGUUUAUGUAGUUAUGUUGCCUGACCUGUGCCCAAGGAAGAACUUUAGUACCAGCAUUAUACUGUUGGUAUACAUUUAUACAUGUCUAAUAGACAUAGUAUAUUACAUGUAUUCACAUUCUUGUACUGAGAUGUAAUACUCACCAUAUAUCAAUGCUGAAAGAGUAAUAAGUAUUGUACAGUAGGAGAGGGUUCACACACUUUAUACAGUGUUCACUCCAUGUUGUUAUAUAUAUAUAUAUUACAUUGAUGUGACAUGGGAGCCUCUCAAAAAAACAGGCAUCAGAACAGAUCAAGCAUAUGAAUUACUCAUCAAAAUAUCGAUUUUUACCCCAAAAUCUAUGCAACAUAUAUGCUCUACCAUUUUAGACUGUCUUAGAUAAUACAUGUCUGCAGUCAUACUGACAACUUUUAAUGAGUAUUCUAGAAUAACUUGAUUCAUAUUAGUUUGUAAGAGCCAGAUGAUUCCCGAGAAAUGCCAUACUAAAUGCAAGGCAUCAUGCAUCAUUUUGAGCAGCUAAUUUCAACUAGAAUAAUUUUAACACGUUUAUCCUAUCUGUAUGAAUCAGUGGGCUUUAGGGUAACUGUUUGUCGCCCUUAAAUAUUGAUACGAACCAUAAGAAAGCUUAUUUCUAUUUUAGGCAAAUCUUUAUGUAAAAUUCUAACAUUGAACAGCUCCUCUAAACAAUUUUAGUGUAAUGGAAAAUUAUGCUUGAAUACUGAUGAAAGAAAGCUCCCCUGAUUUCUUUUGGUGAGGUAUCAUGGUUGGAGGCACAAGACCAGUUUUGGAGUUAUUGGACAGCUGAUAACAGACGCUGAGAUUAUUUUGAAUCUAAUUAAUUGCUUAUUUAUGUCACCUAUGAUAUUUUGACAUCUUGAUCCACAUUUUUAUUGGAGCUGAUCUACAAUUUCAUUGCAUUCUUGUGUGAAAACAACAUCUGAAGUCUGAACUGCCAAUAUGUCCAUCUUGUCAACGACUAUGAUAUCUUGUGCCUUUUACUAUGUUUAACACAAACUUUCCUGUUUUAUUAAAAAUCUAAUGCACAGAAGCAUUCCUUAUGUCAUGUUGACAACUGUCUAACCCUUCUCACAACUCAAUCCAAAUGCACAUAAGAUCAUUAUUUGAAUAUUCAAAGAGGUGAAUACCAAACAAUGCUUUGCUAGAGUCUAUAAUCAUAUCCAAAUUGUGUAUUGCCAACCAGGGGCAGUUAUUGUGGUUGUUCUUUAGAUUUAAUAAAAGCCACAUAAAGUCUGAUAACUAUUUUUCUCUGCCCUUGUUGUUCACACUUUACAUGAAGUUGAUUCUGAAUGUAUUUAAAUUAACAUGUAAUUACACAUGAACGGCUCCUAUAAAACCUAUGUGGAACAUGGUCCUUAUAAGAGUGGAUCAAGUCAAGUGUUGUUACUGUAUUAAAGUAACUACUGUAAAUGUAACUUAAUGUAAAGUGUUGUCCAAUUGUUUUGUUUAACAAUUGAUGAAUGUUUCCAUUUAUUUUGAAUGCUCUAAACAAGAAGUCAUCUUCCCAAAGAUUACAAUUAUUAUGUUUACAUGUUUAUUUAGUGGAGCACUUUUGUGCAAUGAUACAUAAUACAUGUGUAAUUGGGCCAGUUGAUGCUUUUCAUUUGAUUAAUAGAUUAUUUAGUUCACCUUUAAUACUUUAAACAAGAGAGUCCAUCGUCCCCAAUACAGCCCACAGUCCUUUAUUAACCAGAAUAAUCCUAUGAAAACGUAAUAUAAAUAUACUAAGAAUCAUUCAUUAUUUGGUAGGAAUUCAUUCAAAACAGCAGUCACCUUAGUGCAUUUACUGUAGGGUCAUCUUUGAAAGUUUGUGUGCAUUUCAUUUCUGCUUUUUCUCACUUAUAUUUUGCACAAUGAUGGCAGUACUCUUUAGUUUUACCAGAUAUUUUCUGGACAUUAUUAUUACAUGUAUUAUUUGUAUUAUACUGUAUUUCUUUGGUAUACAUUUCCCAAUUGACACACUUUACUGUGUCUUGAUCUUAUAUUGUGUUGAUAUAUUAAGUGUACUCUUCAUGUAAUAUGCAUACUUCAAAUAUAACUAUUUAACACAUUAUAUAUAAUAACAAGUAAUUCAUGAAAAACACCUAUUAACUGAUGAUAGGUCAUGCAUAAUUAUUUCAGGACCUGAGCACAAAAUUGGUCCUUAGUAAAUAUUUUUGUUGUCUACUGCAAAACACUUCACAAAAAAAUAAAAUAAUUAAGUCCUCAAUGCUUUAUACAUUUUUAGUGAAAGCCAAUUUGCAAUUAAUUCACUCACUUUUUAUAUGAAGAGUACACAGAUUUAUUUUAGGAUUGGUGUUGUAUCCACUGUAAAGUUAUUUGGUUCAUCACUGGUUGACUUUACCGAUAUGUUUAUGCCAGUCUAUGCUCAAUGCAUUCUGUUUUGUAUAAAGUGGAUGUAACUCUUCUUGAUGCCAUCACCAUUCUGUGCAUUUAAGGAGUUUAGGAGAGAGAUGCAGGUUUAGAAACCGUUUUAGAAGACCAUUGUAUAGUACUGUAUAAUAGUUAAUCUGCUGUUGACUUACAUUUUGUUUUCUCUUAACUAUCUAUACUGUAUGUAUGCUAGGUAGAAAUGAAGAUGUAUAAUAUUAUAAAACCAGUUUGUGUGAUAAUCUAUUAGUUUCAGUAGCUAACUGAGAACUGAUAUGAGGGCAUUUAUUUCAAUGCAUUUGAUGUAAAAACCAUCUGCAUGCUGAUAUUAUUGUUUAUAAUUACUAUUUUACCAUUUGACAGCAACAGCUAAAUAACUAUACACCAUAUAUGGGCAUAUAUUUGAUAUGCCAAUUCUGCACAAUAUGAGGAAUUCUGUCAGUUAAGUGACCUUUUAUAAUUUCCUCUGCUGUUACAGACUCUUGAAAAUGAAUGCAAUUUGAACAUUAAAUUGAGGUGUAAAAAUGUUGUUUCUUGAGAUUCAAUGUGAGUCAUCCGUAAACCUUUGAAUUAAAUCAAUCUAAUCCAGAGUUAAGUAUGUUUUAAUAACUUCAUUGAGUGUGCUGUCAAAGGUGCUUUAACAGUUGUUGUUUUUUCAGAAAAUGUUUUUACUUUUUAUAAAUCUUAAAUGGCAGCGUUCGUCACUGAUUGCCAAUUAUUAUUUCACUGUUCAAUACAUGUCAAAUUUGGAGAACAUUGUCAAUAAUUCAAAAAAUAAAGAAGUGAGUGAUCAUU